UCGUGCUGGGUUUGCUGAAGGUGGGGCCGGUGGGGCCGGGAUGGCCGGAUGCCGCGGCUGCGGGCGGGGCACGCUGGUCGCUCCCUCCUCCCUUGAGAGCUGUUGGACCUGUUGUUCCCCCCCUCCACUUCCGGGAUGGUGGGGAGGGGGAUAGAGCAGCCUCUCUCUCCUCCCUCUUCCCCAGCCACCUGUCUAGUGGGCCGACACCGCAGCGCCAGAACGCAGAGCGGAGCGCACCGAAACUUGAGCCGGCCGCACCUCUGGAACGCUCUCCCGGCGCCUCGGCUCUCUGGCGGGGCGUUCCGGCCUCUUGGACCACGCCCUCACGCUACCCGGCCGCGCCCCCGGAACUCCAGGCCCCGCCCACCCGGCUGGUCCCGCAGCAGCCAUGGGGACCCGGAGUAGCCCAGACGAGGGGACCCCGCCGCCUGCUGUCCCGGAGUGCAACGUGGAGGUCCAGUCACAAGUAGCCGCCCAGCUCCGGGAGCACCCCAAGGACUCCGGGGAUCAGGAGGGGCCCGAGGCCACAGUAGAGCUUCCGAGCGGCCAAGGAGCUGAGCAGCAGACGGAGGAAGAGGAAGAAGUGGGAGAAGGCAGCAGCACGGAGAGCAGUCGCGAUGCGGCUGAGGCUCCGCCUCCCGUUCAGACCCUGGGCACGCCCCCCGCACCCACUCCAUCUGGAGAAGGGGUGCGAGGGGUGGCGCGGCGGCUUCGAGCGCAGCAGCUGGAGGCAUUGACUCGCGUGGCCUUGAUGGAGCAGCGAGUGAAGGAAUUACAGCGUCAGAGGAAGGAGCUGAGGAUCGAGAUGGAGGUGGAGGUGGCCCUGCUGCGGGGUGAGCUGGCUGGAGAGCGAGUGGCCGCUCGGCGGGAGGAGGAGCAGCUCCGGGAGCUGCUGGGACAGCAAGUGGAUGCAGAGCAGGGCGGCCAGGAGCAGCGGGAACAGGAACAGAGGCAGCUGAGCGAGGAGCGGGAUCACGUGGAAGAGCUUCGCCAGAGACUCCGGGAGGCCCAGGGACAACUCGACUCGCAGCCAGAAGACCAGCGUGAGCGGCUUCUGCAGGGGGUGCAGGAGAUGAAGGAACAGCUGGACGUGGCCCAGCGCGCCUAUGAGGACCUGGAGUUCCAGCAACUGGAGCGGGAGAGCCGGCGGGAGGAGGAGGACAAGGACAGCCCAGGCACGCGGGCUCUGGACCCCAAGGUCCAGGAACUCCAGGGCAGCGUGGCACAGCACAAGCGCCGGAUCCAGGUCUUGGAGGAGCAGCUCAAGUCGUUGGGGGAGCAGAUGGCAGCUGAGAGCCGGGGUCUGAGCCAGAAGAAGGAGGAGGCCCUUCAGGCCCUGACUCAGGAGCGGAGCCGACUGCUUGAGCUCAGCUGCCCUCAGGGAAGUCCUGGCAGGGAGUUUCCUGAGCCCAGCCAGGCCCUCACCAAGCUCCUGUUCACCCAGAAGACAGACCGCCAGUUGCUGGUUCUCCAGGACCCCACUGCCCACACUGCCACCGCCUCUUCCUGCCUGUUCUCUGUUCACAGCUCCCUCCAGGGCUCCAUCGGCCUCCAAAGGACUGGAAGUCUGUCCCGGAAGAGGGGGGAGAGAGGGAGCCAGAGGGGAUCCCCCCGGCCUCUGUCCCUCCACUGUACUGGAGCCCUGGAGGCCUCAGCUCUCCCACCAGUCGCCGGAGACUCCGGGAGAUACCCCCUCUAUCAGCUGCUGAACUGUGGCCCCAGGAAUGGCUGUGCGGCCCUCCACCCGGACAUCGCCCGCAUGGAGCGCCUGCUGAAACAGGUGGCGGAGAGGGAGCGGCUGCUCCAGGCCAGGGAAGGGACGAGAAGGAGCACAGAAGCUUCCUCCGGCCCUGAUGUACCUGCCAUCAAGGCCCCGCCCACGCCCCCCUCUGGCCCUUCUGGCCCUCGGGUCUUGGAUCUCCGGCAGCACCUGGAACGCUGGGGCCACAACCCGGAGAACUGCCCGCAUGUACGGGUGUCCGGGGGCUGCUGCCGCGGACCCCUGGUGAAGAUGGGCGGCCGCAUCAAGACUUGGAGGAAGCGAUGGUUCUGCUUUGACCGCCAAGCCCGCCGCCUGGCCUACUACGCGGACAAGGAAGAGACCAAGCUCAAAGGCGUCAUCUACUUCCAGGCCAUCGAGGAAGUCUACUAUGACCACUUACGCUGCGCCUUCAAGAGCCCCAACCCUCGCCUAACGUUCUGUGUCAAAACCUACGAACGCCUUUUCUACAUGGUGGCACCCAGCCCAGAGGCCAUGCGUAUUUGGAUGGACGUCAUCGUGACAGCAGCAGAUGAGAAUCACGCCCCCUGAGUGGCCACACCCUCUCCGGGCGUGGUCCCAGCAAGGCCCCGCCCCACAGCCGGAAAGCCCAGGCUUGCCCCUUUGGAACUCUCCCAGGAAUUUUACAAUCGCUGUGUUUCUGCUGGUCAGAGCCACGACGUUCUGGGCUGCAGGUGCCUUCCCCCAUCAGGAAGCCAGCCCCUGGGGUCCUGCCCUGGGCAGGAGGAUGAUUGCGGGGGGCGAGAAGGAACUAUUUAUUGGUGCCCCUGUGAUGCCGAAUUAAACAUGGAGGAAAAACAGUGGUUAUUGCUGAGGUUCCCAGCACAGGCUUCUAGGGUCCCUCCGCCCCUAGGGAGGACAUCUGAGUUAGGGAUACCUCUGACAGCCAAGUUCCCCGCAGCCAGUUCUCCCCUUUAGGAACGGAGGCCUUCAACCCCAAGGUCAUGGCUGGGAGAGGGGACGUGGGAGGCGUGCGUCUUUAGUCUUGUGGCAAUUUUGUUGUUUCAGUUUGUGUGCCUGUCUGCUUCCACUCUUUCGGACCUGACUAGGCCAUUGGCAAUUUCUGGGAACUCCUAGUCCUGCCUUCCAGGAGUGUUAUUCCCUUUGCCUUUCCCUUAACCAGCUGGCUCCUUAUUCUUCAUGUCUUAAUUAGAAUGUCCCCUCCUAGAAGCCCUCCCUGACUCCCAGCUGGGUCAGGCACCCUGCCCCCACUUUGAGCUCCCCUGUCCAAUCCCUGAACAUCCUGGCUCAUCACUGGUGACGGAUCUGUGUCCUGAUGGACUGGGAGCUCCAUGAGUGCAGAACCAGGGCUGUCCUUUUCAUGGCUGUGUCCCCAGCACCAAAGAGUACAUUUCAUUUCAUUUCAUGAAGAAAAAAAAAA